UUGUUGUUGUUGUGGAUGUGGUGCAAUAGGUGUAUAAGUUGAAUUAGGUGUAUGUGCAGGUGAUAAUUGUGUUGGUGGUGGUGGUGACGAUGAUGAUGAUGUAUAAGCAGGCUCACGGUUAUUGAUAUAGUCCAAUUUGAGACUUUUUCUAUGAUUGUUGUACAUGCUAUUUUCUUCUUCUAGAACUUGUAUCUUUCGUUUUAAAUGUUCAUUUUCGACUUCCAGUGCCUCCAUACGAGCAGGCCAGUCCGCCAUAGCGUUGACUCUAGCUUCCAGUUCUUUGACGUACCUUUCCUUUCUUUGUCGAAAGGCUCGUUGUGCUGCUCUGUUUUGUUCUGCUCUUCUGGAUUCAAUCACCGUUUUCUUUGUAGAGGGUGAAGGAGAACGCGAACGAAUAGCCUUAAGUUUAGGUACAUCGUUCUUUUCUGUUUGUGUGAGUGGUUGUUCUUGUUGUUGUUGUUCUGUUUGUGAUGGAGGAGGACUUGACAUAACGAAAAAAGAUGGAAGAGGAGGAAAAAAAAGAGAUGGAGAAAGAUUUUUUUUAUACGCCGGUUCACACGAGAGUAAUUGCACUUACUUACGUAAUACAUAUUUUUGGCAUGAAAAAUGGGUUGCAUUGCAUAAACAACCUUAUCAUGGAUACCAAACAGUACUGUCUCUAGGCAACGAUAAAGCGUUGCUAUGGUUAUUUAAACUCAAUUUGGGCAAUUUUCAAUUACAGCAACUUCAUUUUUAAUUCACCUUAAAAUGAUCAUAUCAGUGUGUUAGCCGACAUUAUUAAACUAGAGAGAGUCAUAAACAAGAAGCACACAGUGAUAAAGGACCAUACACAUCUAGAUCUUGAAACCGUUAGGAUACUUCAAAGUACAUGAAUAAACACGGACUGCCUCUUGACUAGUAUUAUAAAUAGAGCCUUUGCACUUUGUGAAAAACUAAAUGCUAGAAAUUAAGCAGAGCAUGAGAUACAUAAGUAUUAUUUACAUUGUUACUCACAUUAAAUUAUAAGGAAAAGCAGAGAAUAGAAGGGAGAUAGAUUAGUAACAGAUAUGAACCAGUA